AUGAGUACAUUUGACAAAAUAUAUCGUAGUGUAGUGCCAAUAAAGUUUUUCAGUGAAGGAUGGGGUGCUCCUGAUACCUUGAUAAGGUUGAUAGAAAAUAUGAAAGUUGUGACGAAUCGAGAUAAAUAUUGUUCAGUGAACAUCAGCACAGACGUUCAUAUUGAAAAAAAAACUGAGAACAACCGCACUAUACAGAUCGAAGGGUCAUUCAUGUCUCCAUUCGAUUCAGUCAUAUCUAAUGCACUAAAAGGUGAUAACAGGAUCGCAAGGUUUCAAAUGAUCAUUCCUAAGAAGUGGCCCACAAAUUAUCGCGCAGUUUGUGUACACUUUUCUGGAACCGGUGAUCAUAACUAUUAUAGGAGGAGAAUUUUUCUCGCCAAUAAUUUAAUAAAAGACGGAAUAGCGUCCAUCAUCUUGAUGAAUCCGUUUUACUCUAAGCGCAAACCCGACGAUCAACAAGGUUCUAGUCUGAAGUUUGUUUCUGAUCUGUUCAUCAUGGGCGGAGCUUUAAUUAUGGAAUGCAGCGCAUUGUUAGAAUGGUGUGAGCGUAAUGGCUACGGACCGUUUGCACUUCACGGAAUUUCAAUGGGUGGUUAUAUGUCAUCCCUGUGUGCAACCGUUUGGCCGAAACCUAUUUCCCUAAUUCCUUGCUUGUCUUGGACUUCAGCAUCAUGCGUGUUUUUAGAGGGCAUUUUAUCGAAUACAGUAGAUUGGCCUGUGUUAACAAAACAAUAUUAUUCUGAUUCUGUAUAUUCUGAUGUAAUCCGACCUCGAAUUCAACCACCUAUUCCAGAAUUCUAUAAAACAACUGAUGAAACUUUUAAUGAUAAUUUGGGUGACAAUCUUCAAUAUUCAACCAUUUCAAUAAACUCUUUACAUUCAAAGCACUCAAAUCCUGUAAAUGUUGCUCCUUUGGCUACAUUCUCAAAACAAUUGGAUUCACGUUUACAUUCUAUUAAAAGAAAUCCUUUAAAAUCACCAUACUCAAGUUUUCAAGUUCGUGAUCUAUUGUCUCAGUUUAUUAAUAUAUCUAAUUCAACCUCCCAGUUAUCGUCAUCCCAUUCUAAUACACACAAAUUUACUAUUGCUCAGAAGUUUCUUCCCAGCUUUAUAUACACUGGUCUUCCGAAUUCUUUGUCUACAUUUAAUUUCAAUACAGUUUUUCGUUAUCAGUGGAAUAGUUAUCGAUGGCAUGAAGAAAUUUCAUUACUUCCACGUGUUUCUUUACCAAGUGUUAGUUUUCCGCGUACAGAUUUAUCACCAGAUCCGGAAGUUCGACAGUUUCUACGUGAUCUUCUAGACUAUUUUACUCAUUUAGGAAAUUUUUCUCCAGUAAUAGAUUCUCGACUUGUUCUAUCUGUUGCAGCUGAAUAUGAUGCAUAUAUUCCAAGAGGUAGUGUUUGUUCACUGAAAAAAGUAUAUCCUAAUGGUGAAAUUCGUUAUUUGCCACAAUCUGGUCAUGUUGGUGCUUAUGUGAAAAAUUCUCUUUGGACAAAUGAUUUCAGAAAAGCAAUAAGUGAUUGUUUAAAUCAACAAGUACAUUUAUAUCAUCAUGAACCUGGACCAUUUGGUCGAAUGAACACAUCUCGUAAGAAUAUUCAACUUAUUAAACGUUAG